UCAAGUAACCACAACAUCUCCUUCUUCUUUUCUUCUUAAUAUCCAUAAUCCAACCAAAAAAGAAAAAAAAAUAAUAAUCAAGCAAUCUUGAUAGCAAAUGGAUCAAGAAGGUGCAUCGCAUAGUCCAUCCUCCACUUCCACCGAACCAGUCCGGGCACGUUGGUCACCUAAACCGGAGCAAAUCUUGAUACUUGAAUCUAUCUUCAACAGUGGUACUGUUAACCCACCAAAAGAUGAAACGGUGAGGAUAAGAAAGAUGCUUGAGAAAUUCGGUGCAGUAGGAGACGCAAACGUCUUCUACUGGUUUCAAAACCGAAGGUCAAGAUCUCGCCGGAGACAGCGGCAGCUUCAAGCAGCCACCGCCGCUGCUGUCACCUCCAUAGGAGCUGAAGACCACCAGCACAUGACGCCCAUGAGCAUGCAUCAAUAUCCUUGCAGCAACAGCGAGAUUGGUUUGGGGUUUGGAAGUUAUAGCAACUCAUCAGCUAGUUACUUCCUUAAUGGAUCGUCUUCAUCGCAAGUCCCUUCCUUUUUCCUCGGACUCUCUUCUCCGAGUGGUGAGUAUGAGAGCAACAAUGGUAUGGAGAAUCUCUUCAAAAUGUAUGGCCAUGAAUCUGAUCAUCAGCAGCAGCAUCACAGCUCAAAUGCUGCAUCAGUUUUAAACCCAUCUGUUCAAAACUCCAAUUUCCAAGACCAACAAGGUGACUCAUUCAUUUGCAUGGCUCAUAGAUUUUGGUUUUCUAGAUAUUGAACCGGAACCCUUUCCAACUAAAUCAACAUUUGUCUU